CGGUUACGAGUCGCAGUGAGCGUUGUGCUUUUUUGUUUCCCCCUCAUGCGGGUGUUUUGUUUGAUUGACCAAAAGUGACGCCGCGGUCGGUCUCUUAACAACUCCCCUUCGCUUCCGUCAAGGGUCACUUGAUUGUGGUUUGGUGAUCGUUUGUCUCGGUUGGAAUGCGGUGAAAUUGAAACCUCGUGCGGCCACUUAUCCAGUCUCAGUCGUUGAUGAAGGAGCAGGAGACGUGUCCCCCCCGGUUGUGAAGAUUGUGCAAAGUUCUGAAGUGCUGAUGCUGUAGAAAGUGUUAUGUUAUCUAUUUUUGCCUUUCCGUAGAAAAAAAAAGAAACACGGAAAAAGAAGAGAUUCCAUCGUGGUCGUGUCGUCGUCGUUGGUGCAUACUAAUGACAGCAGUAGAAAGAUAUUUUUUGCUGCUUUGUGUGUUUUUCAAAGGUAUUGAGAUGUCAUUCUGGCGUCACAGAUGAAAACGGGGGAAAGUGUGAAAAAAGUACAGUGAAAAUUCAUCAGCUGCUUUUUUUUUUUGAAGGAGUUUAGUUUGAAGAGAAGUUGCUGAGUGCUCGUUGGGAGGCAAUUGUUUUGAUGCUCUCUUCUGUUUAAGAGAAAACUAGUGCACGCCGCCAAAGUAGGUUGGGAAGAUGCUACUGCACCGGGUGUAACGGCAAGAGGGGCAGAGGCGGAAGAGACGGAAUCAGAAGACAAGUCAGAAGGUAUGAGCUGCUAUCGUGUUGCAGUGAAAGCGUGAAACCAGAAGAUCGAUCGACCUGAUCUGGCUUGAAGAGAUCGUUAGCAGCAGUAGCAGUAGAAAGCCACGCAGCUUAUAGGGGCGUGGAAGAGAAGGUGCCGGUGCGUUGCUUGGAAGAACUGUCGCGGAACCGGUUCGGAAGGGAACUGGGUGGUGUCACCGGGCUCGCCUGACGAUAGUUUUAGUAGUGCAUCUAGCCAAUGCAGUGUGAUUCAAGCUCGUUUUCUGUGUUGUGAUUGCGAGAGAAGGUUAAAGUCCGAUAAAUAGUGUGUUAUGAGCUGGCAAUCGGUUGGGAUUCAUCGACCGGUCGAAAGUGUGGAAGAGGCCGGGUAGCGGAUCAGCUGUUUGUGUAUGCUGCCCUGUUUUGAGAUGAGACAUGAGGAUUGAAUGUGACAUUGACUCGAAAGAACUGGAAAGGAGAAUCUUAACAGCAUGGGUCAAGCGGAGAGUACCGAAUCUCAAAAUCUGGCCAACAACAGCGGAGGAGCCAACAGCGUGGCAUCAUCCUAUCACUCGGUGCACGCCCAUAACAAUCACCAUCAUCUGUUCCAGCACCAGUCGUCGGUCACAUCGGUCAGUUCGGUGCAAACGGUGCUGAGCCAAAAUCUGCAAAACUCUACCAACGUCAACAAGCUGAUCGAAAACGUGUGCCAGAAUGGGAAUCAUCUCAAUAUGAACGCGUUCGGCAGUUGCAACUCGCUGAUAACGACGACGGGCCACGUGGUGGCACCCAGCGUGGCGAAUGGGCAUCCUCUGCAACAACAACAGCAGCAGCAGCAGCAGCACCGAAAUGGUGGUCCCAUUGGUAGCAAUGAUCAACAGAUGAAUUCCAGUGUCAGCUCGGCGGAGGAACCGCUCAGUGUGGCCGAUGUGGCCGAUUUGCUUCAUCCGCAGUAUGCGAUCAUUACAGGUGGCCGCUCCAAAGACGGUUGUCCGCUGAUCACCUUCCCGGACUACAACAACUUUCACAACCUGUCCGAUCUAGACUACCAAAAACUGAUCCUGUACCUCACCUCGGUGCCGUCCCUAUCGGAGGCGGAUCUCGGCUUCAAUCUACUGAUCGACCGGCGGAAAGACCGCUGGGCCGCGGUGAAGGCCGUCCUGCUGAAAAUCUCCAUCUACUUUCCCGCCAUGGUACACUUCGUGUACGUGCUGAGGCCUUCGGGUUUCCUGCAGAAGGCCAUCUCCGAGGUGAGCAACAAGUUCUUCAAAGACGAGUUUCGCUUCCGGGUGGUGGUUUGCGCUACGCUGGAAGACCUGCAGGAGUACAUCUCGCGAACCCAGCUGUCCGGCGAGUUGGGUGGAGAGCUAGUCUAUUCCCAUCACGAUUGGAUCCAGCAGCGGAUUUCGUUGGAAAAGUUUUCCGGGCUGACCAAUAUGAUCUCGUGCAAUUUGGAUGCAUUCAUGAAGAUGAUUCACGAGAUGGAGUUCCCGAACUCGGUGGAAGCUACGGAGAAGCUAAUCGGCGAGCAGGGUGAUCAGUAUGAGAAGUUGAAGGAGGACAUUAUGGCCGCUGGCCGGCAUGGAGAAGUCCUACUGGAAGAGAUGCGUACCAAAAAGGAAACCGACAAAGAAACGGUCGAACGGUUCGGUAACAUCAGCUCCAUUGAAAGAGCAAAGCAUUCGUUGCUUGUGAAUGUGAAACCCUUCAUGCUAAUGUCGCAGUUACAGGCCACCCGGCGAUUCAUUCGCGAUUGUCACAGACUCUUGGUGCAGCUGGAGGAAACGGAACGGCACUUCGAGGAAUUCUGGACGGUGCACCUGUCGCGGCUGCGGAAGUGCCUGGAGCUGCGCCGAUUCGAGCAGGACUUCCGGGAGCUGCAGGCCAACUUCGAUCGGCACCUGACGGCCGUUUCGGACAUGACCGAGAUCGGCGAAACCGUGGACCGGAUGGAUCAACUGAUCAAGGAAACCAAAGAAUUUCAGCUGAGCUGUGCGGUGGACGUCGAGCGAGCCGAUCAGGUGAUCGCUACCGGCCAGAAGCUGAUCGGAUCCAAGGGCUGCAUCAGCUCGUGUCCGAAGGAGGUGGUGCAACCCAAGUGCGACGAACUGACCCGGGUUUGCGAGCUGAUCAACGAGCGCGUGACGAAGCGGAUCGAAACGCUGAUCAAGGCGCGGGAGCUGAUGGAGAGGGUUGAGAAGGCAAACAAAUGGUGCGCUCGGGGCAUCGAGCUGUUGGCCACCCAGCGGAUCGAGAAGUGCUCCGGUUCGGCGGAAAUUGCCGAGCAGAGUCUGCAGGAGAUUCAGGAAUACCUCGCGACGGCUGCCGAGUUCAAGCUAUCUAGUCCGAAAGAGUUCAAGAACGUCAUUCAGGAGAGUACAACCCUGGAAACCAAGGCACUGGUGUCGCAGGUCCUCCAGCGAAUCGACGACGUCCAGUUGAUGUGCGACAAACGGGUGACCGUGCUGAAGAAGCUCACCCUGAAACCGCCGCGCCCGGUGCAAACCGUAACACCGGAGCCGGCAGUCCCGCUGCAGCCUCCCGGAGGAGCACCCCAUCCCAUCUUUCGAACGCGCCGCUCGUACAACAAGAUUGAAAGCUUCUCGUCGCGGCCCCGCUCGAUCGAUGGACCCCCGGACUCGGGCAUUUCCAUCAGUAGCGAUACCAUCAUUGCCAGCUCGGACAGCGAUCUCAAUCUGCAGAGUCAAACGGAUUCGGACGAACGGAAGCUUAAACGAGGACACGUGCUGGCCGAGCUGCUCGAGACGGAACGGAUCUACGUCGCGGAAAUGGGAUCGAUCUUGAAGGGCUACCGAGACGAGAUGCUGUCGGAGGAGAUGAGUUCACUGGUGCCACCGGGGCUACAGGGUAAGGCGGACAUCCUGUUCGGGAAUCUGCACGAGCUGUACACCUUCCACAAUGAUAUUUUUCUCAAGGAUCUGGAGAACUGUAUUUCCACCACCGAACUAGUCGCAUUGUGCUUCGUGCAGAGGCGGGACACGUUCUUCCGGCUGUACUCGUACUACUGUCAGAACAUUCCGCGCUCCGAACGGCUCCGGGAAACCCUGGUCGACACGCAUCUGUUCCUGCAGGAGUGCCAGAAGAAACUCGGCCACAAACUUCCACUCGCCGCCUACCUGCUCAAACCAGUACAAAGGAUCACCAAGUAUCAACUUCUCUUAAAGGACCUGUUAAAAUUCAGUGACACCGGAACGUGUUCCCGGGAGCUGCAGAAGGCGUUGGACUGCAUGCUGGUGGUGCUCAAGUGCGUCAACGAUUCGAUGCAUCAGAUUGCAAUAACUGGUUUUCCGGCCGACCUCUCCCAGCAGGGUGAACUACUGAUGCAGGAUUCGUUUCAAUUGUGGACCGAAAGCAAGAAAGAUCUCCGGUUGCGACUGAAAACUCAACAUCGGCACAUAUUCCUAUACCAGAAAGCGAUGCUGUUCUGCAAGCAAGGCUCGAAAACCGGCCACAACAAGAGUACCUACCAGUUCAAACACUGGCUUCAGAUGUCCCAAAUCGGUCUAACGGAAUCGGUACGGGGCGACCCACGGAGGUUCGAAGUGUGGCUCCAAGGUCGACAGGAGGUGCACACGAUACAGGCCAACACGGUCGAAAUCAAGAACAAGUGGGUGGCGGAAAUCAAACGGGUGCUGCUCAAUCAGCUCGAGGAGCUCAAGGGGGAGAAGAUCAAACAGUACGGACUGAAUCACAAACCCCUGCGGCACACGGCUUCCUGGGACAUACCGCCGUCGAUGCACGGAACACCAAAUCGGACGCUUAGCUGCGACCAGCAGCAACCAAUGCCCCCUGGGGGCCUCACCAACAUUCAGCACCAUCCGAUUGGGCACCAGCAGGACGUCAUCACCCGCAUACCGCACCUGAACGAGGACAGCAUGAUGAGCGCGACGGGCAUUUCCUCGUCCUCGUCCGAACACGACAAUCAGGAAACGAACGCCUGGAGCUCGGACUACUCCAACAGUGAGGACGAGUUCACGCACGGCGAGGAUGGCGUGCUGCCGGGUCAUAAAUUCGUAUCGCUGGCGGACUAUUGCGCAAUGGGAAACUCGGAGGUAUCGAUGAAGGAAGGUGAUAUUGUGGAACUGCUCAAGAUCGGAUGCGCCGGGUGGUGGUUUGUGAAAGUUAUCGGAAAUAGUCUAGAAGGAUGGGCCCCGGCAGCAUACCUAGAGCCCAUCAAUCGAAAGUCGUCCAGACUUCGUGGUGCUCGCAGCCAGGACAAACUGAACGAACAUUAAAGAUUAGUUCGGGGAUUGUAUAUUCCGCUUAAGUGAGAAUGUUGGAUUAUUGCAUGUCUAUUUAUUAUAGAAGGAUCACUUUCAUCUCAUCCACUAGUGGACAUUUUCGUCGUCGUCGUAACUUAAAUAUCAUCGUACAUUCAACCGGCUCAUCAUAUCAGACACACCCACACACAAAAUCAACCAAAUCUAGAGACUCUCUGUUGAACUAGCCAAAAUAUACACUACUGAAAGCAUACCUGCAUAGGCUCUAAGGAGUGAAAGUUGGUGGAUAAUAGAGAAAUCAUUGCCGUGUGUUAGAUUUAAUUGUGAAAUUUAGCAAUAAAUUUAAAAA